AUGCGCCGGAUGGUGGCGGAGCAAGGCAUCGAUGGGGCGAAGGUGUUCAAGGCCGGCUCCGCCCCUACUGAGGCCCAAGGGAGCACCUUCUACCCGCUCUUCGUAAGCGCCAUUGCUUCCAGUCUGGUACCUCCUUUUUCUGAGUUCUUCUUCUCUGUCCUCCGCCAUUACGACCUGCAAACUCUGCACCUCCACCCCAACUCUGUCCUUCUCCUAGCGAUCUUCGCCUACUAUUGCGAGGCUCGCGUCGGGGUGCAGCCCUCGGUGGCCUUGCUGCGCCACUACUUCUCCCUCCGGCUCUCUCGUGGUCCUCUCUCCGCGUGCACGAGCUUCGACGCAUAUGGCGGAUCCAACGCCAUCUCGAAGCCCGGGAAGAGGAUUGAAGGCUUCAGGAGAAAAUGA